AUGACCCAGCAGGAUGAUAAUAUUAUUUACUAUCGGAGUAUCGAGAUUGAAGUUCAUCGCGUCCUUCAUUUGAAAGAGGAUACCCCGAAACUGAUGGAAAGAGGCCUUACAGCAUGGAUCUCAGAUGUCAGCUCCUCCCUCGAGAAAUGGUAUAUUACAACCCCGCCAAAUGCUCCAAUAAAGAUUGUCUUGUUCAGACAUCUCAUGUACCAUUAUCUGAAGGCCAAGAUAUACCGUCCCAAUCCUCGUAUUCCAACAAGGACGGCGACAGACCGGCAAAUGUGCUUCGACGUCUGCCAGAGGAUCAUCGAGAGCGGGCAUGCCUUGUUUGAACACAAAGCCCUUACCUAUUCCUGGCAGACAGUGCAUAUUCUUUUUGGAGCUUUUGUCAUUCUACUUGAGGCGUGUUGGCAAUAUCGAUCGCAAUCUCUAAUACGGCCCUCGGCAGCUCACGUCUUGUCUGUAUUAAUACCGCAAUGCCUUGACUUCCUCGGCGAGAUAGGGAAAGAAUGGAGUGAAGCCACGCUGUGCAAGAUGUGCCUUCACUCCAUGCUUGAAGAGGUGGCCCAGUCUUACAAUCGUGUGGUGGUUUCAGGAGACACGCUUACGGCCGAUGAUGCUACAGCAGAAAAGUUGAGAAAUCUUCUAUUUGCAGACAGACUACGCAGUGAUAAUACUCUGUCAGAUGAGAUUGCUCUAGAGUUGGAAGCACAAAUUUUAAAACAUCCCAUGUACAGCUGGGAUCUCGAGGAUGUACAGUGGAGUAGCUGGUGCUAG